GCACUUGUUUUUCCCGAAGCCAGCCCUGUUAUGGCGGGAAGACAAAGAUAAAUAAACUAAACUAAGUCACAAAAAAGUAAAGAGAAAUUCAAAUAAACAUCAUAAAUAAUAGCUAGCUUUUAAAAAUAAUAUGCGGAUGCUUACUAUAAAGAUGUUAUAAAUACUAAGUGAUGUUUGUUGAACAAUUCCAAUAAACAUGAGCUCUUCUGAAGAAGACGAUGUCAAAGAAAAACGAAAUAAAAAAAGAGUAAGAAGGCAGAUUUGUGAUAAUUCUAGUGAUGAAGGUGAUAUAAUUGAAGGUAAAAGUAAUGCAGAAACUAACCCUAUUCAGGAAGACGACACUGUUAGAGGUAAGGUUGUAACAGAUCAAGAGGAAGAAGAUUCAAAAGAAGUUGUGAUAAAAAAUAAACGAAAAAAGGUUUCCAUAGUAGACAGCUCAGACGAUGAAUUUAAUGUUGGUUACAGCAAUAACAGAAUGGCUGAUCCUGGAGAAGGAAAAAGUAUUUCAUGUGAUACAGUUGAAGACUUAAAUAAUUUGUCCAGAAGUAAAAAAUGCAGUCCUGAAAGUUCUAAAGGAAGGCGUUUACGCAGAUCAUCUAGGAUAAAUGUUGGAAGUGAAACAUCUUGUACUAAAUUUACCAGUGAAGAUGAAAAUUUUACUAAUGAAGGUACACCUAAACGUAAAUCUUCACGUUUACAUGAGAAGGACGUUGUAAAAAGCAACAAAAAAAUUCCUGUUAAAAGUGAUAUUUUAGAUAAAAUCUCUCCCUGGAAGACAAAUAGUCCAUCUAUCAAUUUAAGAUCAUUCAAAAUGAAAAAAACAACAAAUAAUUUCAUGAAAGAAACACACAGUUACAACACAGAAACUGUAUAUGACCUUGAGGAAGAUUGGAAUUCCGAGUAUGACUUCAUUGAUGACAGCGAUGUGGAGGAAGAACAUUAUGUGAAAAGAAAAUCGAAGAAGUUGAAAAAUUCAAAGAAAAAAGGAAAUGUUAAAAGACAAAAGGAGGUUUUCAGUGAUAGUUCAGGAGAUGAUGACCCUAGUCAUGGAUAUUCACAUAAAACGAAAAGAAACAGAAUUAUUAGUUCUGAUGAAGAAAGCCAAGAUCAUGAAAUAUCUCAUAAUAAUGACAACGAAGAAUUUGCAAUAAGGAGACCAUCUUUAAGUCGUGUCAAAGUAAAAAAAAACCUAGUUGCUUUGCAAAAACUCAAGCAAUUAAGAGCUGUUGGGAAUCUUCCUAUUGAACAACGUGAGACUGAAAAACAAAUGUAUAGUUCGCCUAACCAGUUAACCUUUAGUUACCUUCAAGAAAAUACAUCAGAUGAAAAUUUUAUUGUUGAUGAUGAAUCGGAAGAAAAUGAUAGUGAUAAAGAGCAUUGGUCUAAUUCUUUAAGUGACCUUCUGAAAUCUUUUAGAAAUGCAGGACCUCCUGCAACUAAUAUAAGAAGGAGAAAAAGAUCAAAGAAAUCAAGACUAAAAAAUGCAUUAAGUGAUGAUGACGAUACUACUGAAACAAACUUUAGCCUUUCAAAGGAAGAAAAACGCUUAUAUGAAUGUGUUACUAUAAAUGAUAUAGAAUCUGUUUCUGGUUUAUUAAUCAAACACAAGCACUAUAAAAAUCUACGGGACGAAAACGAUUACACAGCUUUACACAUUGCUGCCAUGAAAGGAUUUCUACCAAUGGUAAAUCUAUUAAUAAAACAUGAUGCGGAUUGUAACAUCACAGACUCUCUUGGAUUUACUCCACUUGCAUAUGCAGCACUUCAUAAAUUUCCCCAGUGUUUAAAGACUUUGCUUGAAAACACAAAUAUGGAAAUAUUUAUGAGGAGUUUAAAAAAAGCCCUGCAAGGCUGUAACUUAUUACAUUUAGUUGUAUCGGUCAUGCACAAUGAUGAGAUUACUUCUGAGAUGAGAAGUGAGUUAGAAAACAGUAUAAAUUUGUGCAUAACAGCAAUAAAAGAGUUCAACAAGAAAAUGUUUUUAAGCUUGCUCUUACAAACAGAUAAAGGACAUCACACACCAUUGUUAAUGGCUUUGGUUAAUGAUUUACCCCAGGCUGUAAAAUUAUUUCUUGAAGUUUUAUCUAACCAACAAGAUCUGUCUGUUAUUGAGUUCCCAUUGGAAGAAGGCGUAACUUUUCUGCAUUUUGCUGUACAACACUCCACAAGAUGUUUAGCGCAAGUUUUACCACAUUUUAAGCAUUUUAUAAACAAAGUUGAUUGUAAUGGGUUUUCACCACUGAUGUAUGCCUGUGAACUUGGCAAAGAUGACAGUGUAGCGCUUCUCCUUCUCAAUGGUGCAUCAAUUCAUACACAGGACAAAGACUGGACAACACCCCUUCACCUAGCUGCUGCAAGUGGAAAUUUAAAAUCGAUUGAAUUGUUGAUUUCUCAUGGUCAUAGUGUUAAUUGUCUUGACAAGUUUGGUUGGCCGCCUUUACUGUACGCUAACUUUAAAGCAACCCAAUCUUCUGUUAUCGCACUGUUUAGAGCUGAUCCCAAACAGAUUUUUUGCUUAAGUAAUCUGCUGCACAAUAAUGACGAGGGAAUGAGGAGAAAAAAUGCUAAGGUAAUUCAAGAAACCCUACUGUCAAUCUCGCAUAUUGACGCAUAUUACACCAUUUUUAAUGAUUUUAUUGCAUCAAAUAUGUCACUUCUUGAUGAAAACGAUAGUGGUUUGUUUACAAAAACAUGGAGGAUGAUUUUAAACUUUGAAAACAAAGUGCGCUGGUUAAGAACCAAAUAUUGUCUGUCUUAUAUGUCAAAGGUUUAUAAUAUCACAGUUGAUCGCAAAAACGUGCUACAGUCAGCGUUAGAUCAUUACACCUAUUAUGGAUUUUAUCUUGCCAACAUAAAAGUAAAGUUCAAAGGGGAAGCAGGAAGUUGUUUGGGACCAAAAAGAGAAUUUAUCACUUGUUUAGUUGAAAGUUUAAUUGAUACAGAGAAAAAAUUACUGACUCAAUUGGAUAACCAACAUUACAGUUUAGUAGCAAACAGUUACUUCAUGAACCACUUGAGGACAGCCUUAAAAAAUUUGGAAAUAAAAGAAGAAGAGAAAGAGAAUAAAAAUCUAUGUGGUGGUUUAAAUACAGAUACUAAAAAUGCAUACAGUAAAAAUUGUGCCAUCGAAGAGAGCACACCCUCACAUUUAUCUUUUAUUGAAAAAAUGGAAAGUAAACUUAACAUAUUGGACAGUGACAUGCUGAAAGCAACAUCAAGUUGUAUGUCAGAUGAAUCAUCUAAUUUGUCAAAAUAUAUGCCAUCUGUCAGUGGUGAUAUCACCACUGAAAAAUCUACUGUGGAUGUAACUGAUUGUAACAUAAUCCCAUUUUCGGAUGGUGACAUCACAACUGCAGAAUCUACUGUGUAUAAGAACGAUGGUGACAUAAUUCCAUUUCCUGAUGGUGAAAUCACCACUGCAGAAUCUAAUGUGGAUAAGAAUGAUGGUAACAUUGUCCCAAUUCCUGAUGGUGAUAAUUCACCAUAUGCAGAAGCAAUGUCAUGCUCUAAAGACGAUACGGCAUGUUACGCAGACAAUAUGUUAAAUAUAAGUGAUGUUGAUAUGCUGGCUGCAGCUGAUGGCUAUACAUCAAAACCAUUAAAGAUUUCUGUUAUAGAAAUAAAAGACGAGGAUGAUCUGCAUGCACCAGCUAAUAUCUGUACCUCAAAAGAAUUAAUUACAACAGGAGACAAUGUAUCUCCAAACACCUCUGUUGUAGAAGCACAAGGAAAUACUGAUAUAUUUGCCACAGUUCCUGAUUUUGCUCCAGAAGUGUUGGUUAGCACAGAGGAUAAUGGCAUACUACCCGUUGUGGCUGUUGAAGAAACUAUUUUAGUUACUAGUGAAAAUAUUCCAGUCGGCAAUGCCAAUACUGAAACGACUGCUACACUACACAAUAUCAUAGAAAUGCCUAGCAUUGUGGAAAACCAUAAUGAAGACGUUUUAUCAAAUAUAACAACCGAAGUGAAAAAUGAAGAAAAACCCCCAGUCAAGCUGUACACAGAUUACCAAACUGAUUUAAAGAAUAAACUUGUAUCGAUUCACUUCUUUGGUCAUUUUGUUGCACAAGUUAUAUUGAAUCCAGAUAUUAACAUCAGGAUUCAACUUUCGAAAGCAGUUAUAAAACAGCUUGUUGGUAUUCCUUUAAAUCAUCCUGAAGAGCUUUCAGAAAUUGAUCCUCAACUAUACUCAAGUAUUAAGAACAAUGAAAUGAACGAAUUGGAAUUACCUUUCUCUGUCACAACUCUCAAUCCGUGGAAUGACCAACUUGAAGAAAUACCUUUGACUGAUAAAGAAGAUGACAUCAUCUUAGAUGAAAACAAGGAAGAAUAUCUGAAACUUUUGUCCUUAUUUAAAUGCGAAACAUCCAUUGCUGCUGAGCUUGAAGAAUUUAAAAAAGGUUUUUAUCAGUGUAUUCGUCGUGACGUCAUCAGCAUCUUUAACGCAGACGAAUUUGCUCUCCUAUUGAAUGGUGUAAACAAAAUCGAUGUAGCUGACUGGAAGGCUAAUACUCAGUAUGCAACUUGGACAUUAAGCGAUCCAGUUAUUACAUGGUUUUGGAAAAUUGUUGAAAAUCUGAAAGAUGAAGAAAAAUCGCUUUUGUUGAAGUUUACCACGGGUUCACCUUGUGUGCCCAUGGGUGGUUUCAAACAAAUGCGGGGAUUAGGAGGUCCAACUCUGUUCACCAUCGGUAGUACCAGUGAAAAAGAUAAGUUACCACAUGCAUCAACGUGCUUCAACUUGCUAUCUUUGCCAGUGUACUCAAGUGAAGAAAUAUUCAAAGAAAAACUAUUGAUUGCAAUUCGUCAUGGUUGCGAAGGAUUCGCUUUCUCGUAACACCCUGCUUACAGAAUGAUUUUCGUGGUUAACUUAUUCUAUUUUUAAGAUUUGUUUAUUUUUAAACACUUGUAGAGUUUUGUAAAAUGAUAGUCUAAGAGUUUCUUUAAAUUGAAAAUAAAUGAAAAGUAGUA